CAGAGUGAAGCGCGCAUGAGAGGGACUAUCCUUGCGCGCGGUAGUGAGUCGCAUUAUUAUUUGACGUAAGGGCGAGGCGCGGUGUGGAGAACUUCUUACUCUUCUCUUUCCCCUCUGCUUAGUCGGCUCGCUACCCCUUGCCACCUCGCUUCGACUAACUCCACCACAGCGCGCAACCAUCGCGAGACGCGGUCUAUGGCUCAUCCGCUCUUUUGAGAAUACUCACCUAAAUUCAAGUGUGGGUGGAACCAAGAUACCAACUUUGAUCUAUUGUAAAGCUAUCAGAGGAAGAUUCUGUUCCUCCUACUCCUCGAAUCUCGAAACAUCUUCAGUAUGGCAUCACUGAGCGAGUAUCAAAUGGAUGAGCUUUUGCCCGAAAAAUCUUCCACGGACGCUUUACUAGCACUACACAGGGAACCCAAUGCUCGUUGGCAAGAGAAGCCACAACCAGUCUAUCAGUGGCGGAUUCUCAAAUUGGGCUUCCAAAGUGCUUGUUUGGUGGUGAACUUGGUCGGCCUCUCGAUAAUUGCCAUAACCUUGCCUCACUAUAUUCGAAGACACACUGAAGCCAACUGUGGUCUCCCAACAGAUACUUUGCUAGGUAAUAUUGGAUGGGUCAACGUCGCCCUUGAAAGCGAGCAAAGAUUUGUGGACGCGGAUCCUAUGGACUUUGACGGAGGAACUUCCACAUCGAUAUGGAACGAAAUAUAUCCAAGUGCUUGGGUCUGGGUGGACAACCCUCAAAGAAUCGGCUUUGGUGGAGGGAUAAAGAUAAAAGAAUUCGCUCAAGACGCAUCGAUUUGGAAUGAAGCACAAGAAGGCUUCACUGUUGCAGUUAUGCAUGAAAUACAUUGCGUGGCGCAAAUGAAGCGAGCAUUGAUUCAGUAUCGGAGAGAGAAUAUGACAAGCAUACCCAACGAGCAUUUAGACCACUGUGUUGAAUAUCUCAGACAAGCUACGAUGUGUCAUGGUGACAUGACACUGGAAAGACCUGAUGAUGCUAUGGCAUACCCGCAAUAUACUUCAGGUUGGGGUGACGUCCAUCACUGCCGUGACUGGGGUCAGGUUCACGAGGCUAUAAGUUCUCGUGCUAUAAAGCGAGGAAGUAAGGGAUGGCAGAAGUCCACGCCUUAUGUAAAAACCCACUUAGUGAUUCCAAGAAGUUGAAAGAUCUCAUAUAAUUACUGUCUCCAGCAACUCUUAACAAUUUUUUGUCUUGG